AUGUAUCCAACACUCGAUGUCACUGAUUUGCGCCAACACAGGAUGGACCUACACUGGAAUUCCGGAGCCAAGACAACUACUGCAACAGUCGAGCUUCUCGAACGACAGAAUAUCAACAUCAAAACACAUGGGAACCAUCUGACAAUAUCUGUGCAUUUGAAGCGCUCGGAGAACCAAACAAAGGGCGGAUAUACGGUGCAGCAACAUUUUCAUGGCAAGUCUUCUAGGUUAUGGCGAUUGCAUCAUCCAGGCUGA